UCCAUCACUCCCAUCCUCUCCGGCAUCCAAUGAGCCACGCACCGUCCCGCAUCGUGUCGCUUACAACCAUUUCUGAUCCGUCUCGUCGUAAUUGUGGCUGGCCAGAGCGAGACACUUUUCUAUUUUCGGUUUCUAAACCGUAAAAAAGAGGAAAAAAAAAAAGAAAGGGAGGGCGAGAGAAGUGCCGGCCGCGCGCCUUUGCAUCAUCGAGGCGAUUAAGAACUGUCGACCCGCGGCCAGGCCUGUCUCGGGCUCUCUUCGUUCCACUCUCUCGCGCAAGUCCAAGCGGUAACGUCUUGCCUCCAGAACGUCGCCUCCGACCUGUGCAACGAUGGCGACGACGGGGAGAACCAACGAGGGCGCAGCGGGACUGGCCUCGCCAAAGGACGACACGAAGGGUCUGGGCCGAUCGGCAAGCCACGGCAAUACCAGCGGAGGCCGCCGUCGCGCUGGCGGUGCUGGGGAAGGUGGUAGUCUCGAUGACGCCAAUGGCAGUGUGGUUGACGCUCACCCUGUUGCCCUGGGGGCGAAUUCUGACUCGCCAAAGCCAUCGUCAUCGUUAGGACUCGGUAUGCCGCUUCGACACCACCAAAUUCAGCAAAGCGCGACUACGCCUAUUUUUGAACUUCAGCAAGACCCUCUCGUUUCUGGAUCUUUGCACUCCUCGCCCUCUCAUCCGUCCAACGCAAGCAGUGUGACCAGCUUCGUAGAUAGCACCAAAAGACAAGAACCGUACAAAGGCUCGUCAACGUUGUCGAGGGCAGCUGCCACGCCCUCACCCAUCGACACGAAAUUGGCUGGGAGGAUGGUGAAGAGAGGGAGUCUCAAAGAGGGAGAAAGGCGACCAAUUAGUCCCCACAUAACCUCUGCAACACCGACGGCAGCACGUCAUUCAAUGACCGCAUCCUCGCCUUCGCAGUCCAAUAGCGAGCGCAGGUCGUCGGCGGCGCCUAAUCUAAGCGACACCCCGCCAAAUCGACAAAACAGUCUCAGCCGAGUGGCAGCACACGCGGCGCAAAGUCUCAUCGAUGCUGUGUCGGGCGUAGGAGGCAGAAGCACGCCGCCGGCGAACGCUGGAUAUCCCUAUCGACCGGACUCGGCGAGCGCAGUUAGCAGGAGACAUGUGGCAUCUCCCGAGGCGAUGGGGUCAGCACAUGUGCUUUUCGAUGGGACCGGGGAGGACGAGUACUACGACGACGAAAGUGGAAAAGGUCACCGAUUCCCUGUGCCACCAGCCCCGCCCCGGAGGUCUAGCGCUGGUCCCUCAUCGGGCAGAUGGACGCCCACGAUACUCACGGGGCUUGCAUCGAGGAGAGCAGAUGGCGCAGGUUUUUCCCCCGUCAAUCUCUUUCACAGCAGCCACCAGAGCCCCCAACACCAUCAGCGUCAUCACAUCAUUGACCAGUCUCCGAGGUUCAAGGGCUUGGUCAUCGAGCCAGAGGAGAUCGAGGAGGAGGAGGAAGCUGCAGGUGCAGCGAAUGCGGCAGCAGCAGCAUCAGCAGCAGCAGCAGCGUCUGCAACUGCCGCAACAAGCGCACCUACAGUACCGUCAACGAUGACCGAUGGGCGCAAGACGCCGGCCCACUAUCGCCCUCAGUCUUCGUCGAAUGCAAAAGGCAGCUAUUAUCCACCUGCUCCUCAAAAUUCCUCAAAUUACCGGACAGUGAGCCACCCACUCUCGCACGCACACACCAUGUCGACAUCUUCGACCAGCAACUCGUCUCACUCCAUCCACAUGAAUUCUCCUCCGCGCAUGUCCAUGUCGACCAACGCAUCGCAUUCGAGGCAUGCAAGCUUCCAACCUUCGCCGGUUCUACUAGCCUCAAAUCCAGCAACAGCCACAUCGUCGCCACUUAUCGUGCCGCAGGCGAGACGAGGUGCUAUGAAUCUUAAGAAACCAAGGCGAAGACAGGGACAGCGUUCAAGAAGGGCGCGGUCCUCGCUCGGUGCGUCCAAGCCCAUUUCAAUUCCGGCGUACAAGCAAGUCUUUCGCGUUGCCAAGGCAAUUUGCUUCGCCAUCGCUCAUCCGAUGCAAUCUGCUCGGCAUGUUGCUGCUACUGGUGCGUCGACUCUUCGCGAAAUCGACGACGCUUUUCGGGACCCAAGGACAGGAGCGAGGGUCUGGCGGCCUGCGUGGCUAAGCGCAUAUGUCCCACUCCUCAUCUGGCUCGUUGUCAGUUUGGGUAGCACGUUCACAGUUCUGAUCUGGCAUACGCAAGUCUUUCGAGCUCUUGACAAUCUCUCGACUCAUCUUCAGGAGCUAGGAGCGAAGGGACGUGUGAUUCUGGGCGCCCUCAUCUUCAUCACGACAUUUCCCCCGCUUCCCCUCUACUCGACGCUCAUCGUCCUGUGUGGCUUCAGUUUCGGUCUCGUUCAGGGCUUCAUCAUCAGCUACAUUGCUGCUCUAACGGGCGCCAUUGUGGUUUUUCUCCUGAGCCGAAGCCUGUUGCGCGGAUGGAUGCUGGGCCUUCUCAACCAGAGUGGCGGUCUCAAGAAGGUGGUCAGAGCCAUCGAAAAACGUCCCAAACUCCUCUUCCUCGUCCGCUUGGCGCCGUACCCAUACAAUCUUAUGAAUACGCUCUUGGCCAGCUCGCCCACGUUAACGCUCAAGACGUACACGCUCUGCACCGCUCUCGCCUUGCCCAAACUUCUGGUGCAUUGCGGAUUAGGGACCACGAUCAAGAACUUUGCCGCCUACAACGGUGCUGGUGGAGGAUCUCGAACAGGAUCUUCCAACAGUACCAUUGGGUCCAACAAGGAAGACUUGCCGAACAGUGAUCUAUUGUCAUCGCCAUCCAACGUGACCACAGGCAUCCCUGACGACGCAUCGGCUUCCGAGAUGGCCGAGGUCAUCAAGCACGUUGCCGGCUUCCUCGGCGUAGGGCUCUGCGUUGGUAUUUUUAUUUAUCUGUUUACUAUCGCGAGGCGUGCUGUCGACGAGGAGCUCGACGAAGACGACGAUGGACAAGAGUACGACUUAGUUCUUUCGGAAGAGGAGGAGGAAGAUGGUGUUGAAGGCCGGGGAGGUGACGAGGACGACGAGGACGAACUGGAUGCCGACAGCCUCUCGAUCGGAGGCUAUCACGAUCAGGACGGUGCUAGAAAGGACAGCGGAGGUUCUAGUACAGAUCUUGACGAGCGCAACAACCGUCACUACCGCAUCUCCAUGUCGGAAAAUGCGCCCUCUUCGGUGUCGUCGCCUGUAAUGCGCUGCGGCGGUGGCACCCGAUUAGCUGCUCCCCCGAGCCAACUUCAAAGUCGUCCUCAUCACGAAGUCCACAACCACCGACACCAUCCGAGGUACCCGUCGGACGGAACCACGCCCAAUUACGUCGCUCCCGUGCCGGGGACCACCUACUUUUCGAGCACCAAUCACACCCCGGGCUUCUUUGCCUACGAGAGCAAGAACGACAAAGCGAACGGCGGUGCAGUAGCUGGCGACACCAGUGUCGUAUCGCUUGCCGACAGCAUAGCCGAGAUGGAGAAGCAGGUCGAAUGCUCGUCAGACGAGGACGAGACGGAAGGAGAUGGAAGAAAGGGUUCGGGACGGAACAAUAGCAAGCGUCAAGGACGGCAUGGGCGAGCCGAAGAAGAGGAAAACGAGGAAGACGAAGACGAGGAUGAGAAGAAAUCGUUUCUGGCCCAUUCCAGGAUGUCCAGAAGGAGCCAAGGCGGGCUCGAGGAGGAAUGGGCCUUUGACACCCAACGAGACCCCUCGCGACGGUAGAAAAGGCAGAGAAGGCGCCAACAGCGAGCAAAGCAAGAAAAGACAAAAAAAGAAACACAGCAGAGGUUCCGUUUUCCCUUGUCACUUUACAAUACCUCUUCUCUCAUCAAUGCGAAAGGCUCCCCCU